CCAGUCAGUGUCACGGGGACGCCUCCCGCCCGUCCGCCCUCUGACAUGUGUCCUCACCCCCAGUGAUGCCCAGACGCUGUCCCCGUCACACCCACGGCCGGCUCCUUCUCUCUACCCAAGAGGGUCUACACGCUUCAGCCAUGGCAGACACGGACACGGCAACACGCCGCCUUUUCCAGAGUCUGAGGAACUUCGUCGAUGCCAAGCAAGUGGAGGAUGCCAGCCCGGGAGCAACCUCCUUCACUGCUGGCAGCCGACCGCCAUCAGUCGUGGCUGACACCGCCCGCGCCUGCAGACCCCUGGGCUGCGCCUGAGCGGCCGGGAGCAUGCUGGGACCCCACGCCGCCACCCCAUCCCCAGCUGCUGCACAACCCCAGCCUGUGCCGCCCCAGCAGCCCAGCCGGUCUCUAUGUCCGUGGACACGCGCGCUCUGCGCGCUCUCCCCUGAAUCCCGUAACUGGAGCUUUGCCUUUGAACGAAGUGAGGACUUCACGCAGGGAGCACGUGCUCUCCCAGACCUCCCGGGUUCACGCUCCAAGCGCCCAGCGGUGUAGACGGGAAGCAGAGCCUCGGAACGGAAUCGAAAGGUCACAACGGACAGCCGGCCGGAGAUGGACACCGCCAGCGCGUGGGAGCGCCCCGCACCUCCGCCUGCCCCACACGCAUGGUGGGUACGUAUUUAACAGAAAUCACACUGCGGUUCUCACCAGAGUCUGCCACCUCAGCUGCAGGUACAGACAGACGGACACGUACAGAAACACCGACCGGUCUGUACACGCAGGUUGUGAGCACACGCGGCUCCAUCCGUCCGCCAAGGGGCCCAGAAGCUACGACGCCCCAGUGGCGGCGAGCACACUGGUCCCCGCAACUCGGUUCCCCAGACCGUCCUCCAGCGAGGGAAUCAGGGCUCCCAGAGGAGAGGAUAAUUCCAGGCCUGGGGAAGGGGAGGCCAAGCCAGGUCUGGGGGGUCAUCCAGCACCAGAAAGUGCACCAACGGGAGGAUGCCAGAGGGACCCAGGAGCCAAGCGAGAGCACCCGUGGGCAGAGGGAAGAGCGUGAGCAGAGGAAGGAGCAGGUGCAGGGCACAACCGGACAGGAAGCACACGGCCACAAGCCAUCCCGAUGCGAACAAAGAAAUGGACAGUAAACGAGUCUCUAACGCAUAAGAAUUCCAACGACACCCGGACGCCGCGCCCAGCCCUGCUGUGCCCUGCUGGGCGGGAGGAGGAACCCCUGAGCCUCCCACUGCCUGUGGCCUGCCCUCCAAGUGCCCAAGCUGAGCCUUGGGGUCUUGGGUCCUUCAGGGUUACAUCAGGGCCUGAGGGUGGGCCUGUGAGGGAUGGGUGCCCCGAAGAGAGCAGAGAGUGCUCCGUGCCCGAGGGGAGCCCACGACGAACACACGGGGUCCGCAGCCUGGAAGAGGCCCUCGGGGGCCCGAGCCCACAAGCCGGGCGGGCGCCCCGACUUGACCCCGGCCCAGGGCACUGUCCGGGCCCCAGGUGCCCACGCGCACCCCUCCACUGGGCACUUUUGUGCCGCGCCGUGCUUGGCUCUUCAAACUAAGAACGACCAGCACGAGGCUGAGGCACGGCGAAGGGCCGCUGGCGGCCGGGCAGGGCCAUCAGCCAGGAGCACCACGGCCGGCCCCAGCCGGGGCCCAGGACCCCGAGGCCAUGGGUCGGCUUCUGCUGGACACCGUGGCCCUGACAGGGAGGGAAGGGUCUGCUCUUCUGCCCCGUGGGACCGCUGCUGAGCUAAUUACACGCGCAGGCGCAAACCACUCACGAAGAAAACUGCGAACGUGGGAAUCGUCUCACCCGGGCCGAGUCUGCUUUUCUCCUUCUUCGCAAUCGAGGACGGAACGUCCGGCGGGCGGUCGGAGGCAGCGACAGCCAUGUUCUUGCUCAGGGAGCCCCCGAGGCAGGGUUCCCGGCAUCUUCCUGACCCCUACGGCCCUCACAGCUCGUGUCCUGACCCUGACCCCCCAAUACUCCUGGGGACAUACUCCGGGACAGGCUGCACCGCGGUCUUUCCAGUCAAGCAGCCAGCAGCGUUUGCUCUUCUAACCCCAAACACGUCCCCACACCGCAGUCACACCAAAGGACGCCCCGUGAUGGCACAAAAGCCUGUGUUCUCCAUGGGCGGGAGCUCCAGGAAGGGAGAUCUGCUUUCACACUGGCCCACGUCCAACACUCCUGUCACGGCGAGUCCCGCUACAGAGACACUUGGCGGUCUCCACACGAAGAGCCCAGACAGCCCGCGGGCCCACCCGGCUCUCCGGCCGCCUCACAGGCCUCUGUCCCUAUGCUGUGGGCUGCUUCUCGCGGCGGGACACCUGCUCUGGGCUUCCCCCUUCACACCGGCUCACGGGGGGGGCCUUCCUGCCCUUCCAAACCCCGCCAGGCCCCAGAAGGUCCCUGACAGCAGGCUCUCCAUGGGGGCCGCGAGGUCCCCUCACUUCACAAGACCACAGCAUGCAAGCGUGGCCACCACAGGGCCACAGAGCUCAGACCUGUCGUCCCCCAUGUGCAUAACCAGGGUCUGCAAGUGCACGCGACGUCACCAGGCCACCCACGGAGCAGGGCUCCAUGUACCGAGGCUGCGCGGUCUCCCCGCUCCCCGGCCUCCCUCAGGCGCCCGGCUCCCCACAAAAUCAUUUAAGAAUGACACGUCCUGUCCAGGGCUCGAGAGAAGACAGACGCGCCUGUCACAGGUCCCGCUGAUUUCACUGCGCGGGACACGGACAGCAGAUGGAUGUGCUCAGCAGGGAAGACACGGACCCAGAAGCGGCCCUUUCACAGAAACGCUAUGUUCUCCCACCUGCGGCAUUUUUGAGGAUAAAAGCAUUUCGUGUCUGUUUCUUUCUUAAAAAUACGUAAAAUUACCAAUAAAAUCCAAAGCCCCACCUUCUGGGGGGGGGUAACCUUACCAACCCAGCCACAGGCAAGAGACUGGCCCCUGUGUCACACACUUUUCCCAACAGGAGUUCGGCUUUUGGACCCUGAGUGUGAACGGAGAACAUGUGUGCUCUUGCACGGGAGAAAGCGGACACGCCGGCGGCCCCAGUGCUGAGCUCCACGCCGCUGAGUGUGGCCGCAGCCCUGGCAGACGGACACGCCCCCACACUGUGUCUCCGUGUGCUUUCAUGUCUGUCCCAUUCGUCACUGGAGAAUUCUGACCAAGGGUCACCUACAAAUUCUAUUCUGUGACAGAAAAGCCCACGUGAAUGAGUGCGGAAAAAUCUAAAACCAGAACCCCCUCCCCCGCUCCUUUCCUCGCCAGCUCGAAGCUGAGAUUUCUGUGCGGCUGGUGCCACCUGGACCCGUCUGACAGGAGCUGUGCUCACAGGGAGGGGGUCCCAGUGCCCCCGGCUGGGGGGAGCGCACAGAGCACAGGGUGUCCCCAGACGCUAGUCUCCGCAGCACGAAACCAGGCUGCGCCAGCCACCAGGAAUGGGCGCCUACCAGGUCCCCCCGGGACAGGGAGCCCGCAGCUCAGUGACCAUUCUGAGUAGGAACACCAAUGUCUGUUUUCCCGUCUAUGCUUCUGGGUACAGUCUGAAUUAGCAAAACGCAGACACUUCUUCCUUUUCAGUCCCUAGAAGCUGCCCGGGCAGCUGCGCAGGGACGUGCCUCUCCUUCCCAGAAGGACACUGCUGGACAGACAGAAGGAGCAGUCGGGGAGCUGGCAGCUGGCCCGUGUGCGGCCUGGACCGCAG